AUGGUGCGCAUGCGCUUCCUGUAUCUGCUGCUCGCCGUUCCGGUGGUGCACUGGGCCAUCUUCCACUACGCCCCCAUGUACGGGCUGUUGGUGGCCUUCAAGGACUACAACAUGAAGCACGGCGUGAUCGGGAGCCCAUGGAACGACUUCGCGCACUUCCGGUUCCUGUUCACGAGUCCCGGAUUCCACCGGGUCAUGCGCAAUACCAUCAUCAUCAGCUUCCUGAAGCUCGCCUUCGGCUUCACCGCCAGCAUCGUCUUCGCGCUCCUGAUCGACCAGCUCAUGAGCCUCCCCUUCAAGCGGACGAUGCAGUCGAUCUCCUACCUGCCGCACUUCAUUUCGUGGGUGGUGCUGGGCGGCAUCAUCAAGCAGUUGCUGUCGCCCUCGCUGGGAGUCAUCGGCGUGCUCCUCGCCAACGUCACCGGCCAGUCGCUCAGCUUGCUGACGGACAAGGCGGGGUUUCUGGCCAUCCUGGUGGGCAGCUCGGUCUGGCAAGGCGUGGGGUGGUCGGCGAUCAUCUACCUGGCCGUGCUGGCGGGGGUCGACCAGAGCCUGUAUGAGGCCGCCGAAGUGGAUGGAGCCAGCCGUCUGCAGAAGGCCCUGCACAUCAGCCUGCCGUCCCUGUACCCGCUGAUGACCAUCAUCCUGAUCCUGCGGAUGGGACAGAUCCUCGACGCCGGGUUCGACCAGGUCUUCAACCUCUACAACCCGCUGGUGUACAAGGUUGCGGACGUCAUCGACACCUACCUGUACCGGGUCGGGCUGGUCGAGCUGAAGUACGACUACGCCGCCGCCGUGGGGCUCUUCAGGAAUGUCGUGGGUCUGAUGCUGGUGAUCUCGGCCAACUACCUCGCUCGGCGCUACACCGAAUAUGGCCUCUGGUGA